GAAAGAUAUAAAGCUGGGGGCCGACGGCUAGAUCUUUUCAUUGCUCAUCUUCGACGAUGUGGCUGCGCGUAACGAUCGCUCUUCUAUUGGCCUACGUGGCGGUGGUUCUCGCCCAGGCGGAUGGUCGGUAUCGUCCUCCGCCCACGAAGGCAAAUGCCGGAGAUGGACGCUAUCGUGGUGGCAAUGAUGGACGCUAUCGCGGAGGCGGCGAUGGUCGAUACUCCGGCGGCAACGAUGGACGCUAUGUCCACGACGACAACAAGUACCAGCACGACGAUCGUCCUGGCGGGGAUUAUAAGGGCGACAAUGGACGCUACGUGGGUGACAAGAACACAGGCGGAGGAGGAGGAGGAGGUGGUGGUGGCGGUGGAGCCGGAGCAGGAGGUGGUGGUGCGCCCGUCACAGUGCCAAGAACCACAGCCAGACCAGCGCCACGACCCACCACGGCAGCACCACCGGCAGUGAUCGAUCCGACGGCCAAUUUGCCCAAGGGACGUGGCACCGGCGAAGGAGGCAACGGCUGGGCCAUCAUCCGCCAGGAGGACGACGUGGAGCAGGAUGGCUAUCACUAUCUUUGGGAAACGGAGAACGGCAUCCUGGGCGAAGAGAGUGGACGCAUCGAAAAGUUGACCGAGGAGGAUGGCCUGCGAUCGAAGGGCUUCUACGAAUAUACCGGACCCGAUGGCAUCCUAUACCGCGUGGACUACGUGGCGGACGACAAUGGCUUUGUGCCCAGUGCCGCCCACCUGCCCACGGCCCCGCCCCCACCGCCCUAUGUGGCCAAGUUGUUGGCUUAUCUCGAGGAAAAUGGCAAGCUGAAGAAGAAGUAAAUGUGGUGUGCAAAUGUCAAAAGUUGCGGGCUAAUAAACUGUUGUGCCAUAA